AAACCAGAAACAGUUUUCAGUCCUCAUUUUUCCAGCAUAGAUUAGGUGAAUUAUCAUACUUUAAUAGCAAUGCAAUCUAGCUACCUAGGCAGGUAAUUAUAACCUUCGUUCUGGAAUGUACUUUGAGAAAUGGUGAGCCAUGCAAAUCUUGUUGCAGAAAUUGAUUACGUCAACAGCAUGUCAACUGAAGACAGGCUGAUCCAUGCAAGGCAACGUCGACAAGAACAACUUCAGCGUUGGAAAGAAUCCGAGCUUGAAUAUGAAAAAGAUAAGGCAGGAUUAUCAAACGGACAAAUAGCAAAUGAUAACAAAAGAUCAGUUAAAUUUGGAGAUAGUGUUACAUUACUUGAAGCUGCCGCUCGAGACGAUGUAGAUGAAGUUCGAAACUUAUUAGAAGGAAACACAAAUCCAAAUGAAGCCAAUGAUGACGGACUAACUGCACUUCAUCAGGCAUGUAUCGACAACUUUGAAGACAUGGUUCAACUAUUAAUUAAAUAUGGAGCAAAUGUGAACGCAGUGGACAGCGAACAAUGGACUCCUUUACAUGCUGCUUGUACUUGCGGACAUACGAAUAUCGCUACUAUAUUAGUUAGCAGUGGUGCGGAUUUAAUGGCUUUAAACGCAGAUCAUAAUAUGCCGUAUGAUAUUUGUGAAGAUGAAGAGACUUUGGAUUUUGUAGAGAAAGCAAUGGCUUCUAGAGGCAUAACUCAAGAACAAAUAAACACUACAAGGUCAUCAAAAGAACGGCAAAUCAUCAACGACGUACAGAAUAUUGUGGAUCAAGGAAAAUCAUUGGAUUAUAAAGAUGAAUGUGGAGCCACUUUGUUACACAUUGCUGCUGCAAACGGCUACGUUGACCUGACCCGAUAUCUUGUUCUACAUAAUUGUAAAGUAAAUGCACAGGACGCAGAUGGAUGGACCCCACUACAUGCUGCUGCUUGCUGGAACCAGCUCGAUGUUGUAGAAUUACUCGGGGCACAAGGUGGAGAUCCAACAGUGAAAAAUACACUGGGAGAAAUACCUGCAGAUGUGACGGACGACGAUGAAAUCAAAGCAUUGUUGAAUAAAAUUAAAUCAACAAUGAAAGAUCGAAAGCCAAAGAAAAUAUUUCAUGGAUGGAGAGGUUUUUCAAGUAGAAAUAACAGUAGGAGAGCAUCUGGAAUGCGGGGCCAAUCAUUCAAAGGUCGAAGCAAACGAGACAAGAAAUCUGGAAUUUCAACGAUUGAAGCAAAAUCAGAAGCUCAGUUCUGGUCUGGGAAUCAGGAACAAGGAGAUAUUAAGUCAGCAUCACCAUCAACACCCACAGAUAACAACAACCAUAUACAGAAAAAAGAAAUUGAAAAUUUGGACCACGUCACACAUAAUGGACUCAAAAACGGAUCAAAAACCGAUUCAAAAGACUUUAAAAAUGAUUCCACUGCACGAAAAAUUAAUUCUGAAGCUAACAGCACAAAAUCAGACUCUGGGAAAAAAGAUAAAAAGCAGAAAAAGAGCAAAAAAGCAGAGUCUGAACUAGCAAAUUCGGACAACAAGGCCCAUGAUACUUCUGAAGCGAACGGAAAAUCGGGCAUUCGUAACGUAAUUGGUUUAAAGUCGCGAUACAGUCUCACUGAUUUUGAUGAUACUAAAAGCCCUAAUGAAGGUAAAAAUAACGCACCUGGUAAAACUCUUGCAGAAUUAAAACGUGAACGAGCACAAGAAAAAAGCAAUAAAAAUUCACCUUCGACCCCUGAUGGGAUGCCGUAUCCCACGGCAACAUCAAACUUUACUUACAAUGAACCUUCCGAGGAUAUUAAGCAGUUCAAAGGUCAAACUGCGAGACAGUUAUCAGAAGGAAGUUCAAAUAAGCGUAAAUUAUGUAUUAUUUUGUAAAUGAAUCAGCUGAACCCACUGAGCUUGCUGCUCUUACCCAUAAUUCUGACUUGCUAUUACCCAUAGUUCUCACUUUCUUUUAUCCAUAAUCCUGGCUUGGUGGUAUUAUCCGUAAUUCUAAGAUAGAGGUGCCCAUUCUCUAUAACUGCGUUUCUCAAACUGUGUUGCGCGUAACACUGUUCUGCGAGCUUUUUUCAAAGCCUUUCACUAAACAGGGAUUGAAAUUACAACUAAAUUGGUUGCCAUGGCAACCGUGGUCGUACUUCGCCUCUGGGUCGUAAAUUUGUCUCCCAACAUAUUUUUACGGUGGCAAGAUGCACCAUAUGAUGUAGUAUACCCUUUCUAUUAGCUUUACUCGAACUAGAUUAGCUGGUAUACUUACCUGAAUGCAAAUAUGAAAAAUAUCAUCUUAUCCAAAUAAAUAAUAAUGAGACAGAAUAAAUAAUUCUUUGUAUAUUCUUGAAAAGUCACAAACUAGACCCACAUUGCGUUUUUUAUCAAGAUUUGGCUGACUCCAAAAUCGUGACUUAAUCUGGCAUUAUCUAGUACUUGUCGCCAAAUUUCAGCGUUCCCAAGCCAUUUGAGAUGUAAUCGAAACAAGAUAGGGAACACCACCAAUCUUUCUUUAAUUUUCAUUGUCUAAUACUAAGAUAUCUAAAUAUACCUGCUGCCUAUUAUAUCAUUUGUUUUACCCAUUACCAGCCAUCAGUUUUUUUUUUUUAAUUACUGAGAUUUGUUAUGUCAUAAUAGAGCAUUCUGAAAAACAUAGAUCCCAGGUUAUUGAUUGAGCAAAUGUAUUAGAAAUUAUUAUUAGAUAAUAAACUCUUAGGAUGAAUUUGAUUUUCUUUAUCAUUUUUCCUUAUUAACCUUACCUGGCAUUUUGUUAUCAGGGCAGGGUUUUCACAAUGCUUUAAAAAAAAUUGUAUUUCU